AGAAAUUACAUGUAAAUGACAGAAUCAGAGAUCCGAGACAAACAAAUAUGUCUCCUGAGCAUUAUUUUUGAUGUUGCAAGCAGCAGGGAUCAACUUUGAAAAACUGUUAGGCUGAACAGUUUUCAAAAAUCCUAAUUUCAAUCCGUUUCAAUCUUCUUCAGUUUUGCCCAUCCGUGACAUCUGUUGUAUCUGUUAUGUUAUUUUAACCUUCCUUUAAAGUUUUAAGCGGUUAUUUUUAUGUUUCUCUUAAUUUAACAGGCAUUUUGUAAUUUCCUAAUUUGGCUGAAUUUCGUGACACAGCUCCUUUAAUGACUGUUUUGUCUAGAACUAAAGCCCAGGUAUAUAGGAAAAAUGCGAAGUGAAACAAAAUGCAACCGCAGGGCGAAGAGUGCGAGUUUCCAGUUUCCUUGUCUUUUGCGUAAGCCUAUCCCUGGGUAGUUUAAGAUGUUUUGUUACGUUUAUAACCACAUUCGCACGUGUAACAAAUUUGAGGUCUGUUUUCAAGCUAGAAUUUUACUCAAAAGUUUUGGAAAGCUCGUGAAUUGAUAAAUUACAAUCAGGAGCUAUUGUGUUUGAGAUUGUACAGUUAAAGGCUAGCCUGGUUUAUUAUAGCGUACGUCACAGACAGAACUAACUUCUGGUUAAGUCCAUCUGCAAAACAGUGCCGAAAUCCUUGUUUUAUGCCUCCACCUGUUUACAAGGAUUUCAGUUCGCGCCAUGAUUGGCCUGUUAAAAAUGCCUGCACUAUCGAUUUGCCAAUCCACUUGCAUUGAAGGGAAUUUUGAAAGGCAUUUGGGCCCAGGACAUGGAUAUCAGUGCUCCAUCGCAGACGUUACUAACUGGCGUUAGAAUACGUUUGUGACGCAGGUUAUGUUUGUGACAGGAUCUGGAAGAGAAUGACAUAUUAUUAUGGGACCUUGGUAGGGAACGAUUAACUGGAUAAUAAUCUGAGUCGAGUCUUGUUUUUUUUAACAGAGUUUACUUUCCACGACUGCAUUUGGUAUCUGUUGCAAUUAUUUGGCGCGGUUGGAAGAGCAGGGUGUUGGCGCGCAGUGGUCCAAUUUCUACAGCAGUCCAGUGUCAGGCGAUGCCUUCAGUCUUGGUUACGCAAUUGGCAUGAUGAUGAUCGACGCUGUUAUUUAUGGCAUUCUUACUUGGUACAUUGAGGCUGUUUUGCCAGGUAAAAUCUGCGUCAAAACUUACCAUCAGUAACGAAUGUUACUAGCAAUAGUAUUAGUGUUGGUAGUACUAGUAUUAAUUGUAUUAGUACUAGUAUUGGGGUUAGUAUGGGUGUUGGUAAAAGGAGUGCAGUAGUGUUUGCAUUAGCAUUGGGAUGGGCGUUAGUAUUGGUAUUUAGUAAUAGAAUUUGUUCAGUAUUAGCAUUGACAUAAGUAGGAAUAUCAGUUUUAGUGUUAGAAUAAGUAUUAGUAUCAGCAUCAGCAUCAGUAUAAGUAUUUGUGCAGUAUUAGCAUUACCAUUAAUAUUAGCAUUAGUAUUGUUAUCAGCAUCAGUAUCAACAUAAGUAUUAGUAUCAGUAUCAGUAUUAGUAUUAGUAUUGGUAUUAGCAUCAGCAUCAGUAGCAAUAUUAGCAUAAGUAUUAGUAUUAAUAUUAGUAUUAGUAUCAGUAUUGGCAUAAGUAUCAGUAUUAGUAUUAGUAUCAGCAUAAGUAUUAGUACUAUUAUUAGCAUUAGUAUUAGUAUCAGAAUCAGUGUUAGUAUUUGUGCAGUAUUAGCAUUAACAUAAGUUAUUAGUAUCAGUGCUAGCCUUAGCAGUGGUAUUGGUACUAGUGUUAGUAUUACUAUUAGUAUUAGCAUUGGCAUUGGCAUCAGUACUAGUAUCGGUAUCAGUGUCUAUAUUGGUAUACUCUUAGUGUAGUUUUGGAAUUAAUAUCAGACUUAAGGUGUCAUAGACAAGUUACGUUAACGCUACCCGGUAUUCCCUCUGUAGGCCAGUACGGUAUCCCACGACCAUGGUACUUCCCAUUCCAGAAAUCGUACUGGUUUGAGGUCGCCAGCAAACGAACCAUAGCAGUGUAUGCGCAAGAUCAUGAACAGGGAAUGGAUCUGAACACACCAGGAGGGUCGGCGAUGUCCUCCAGACACUGGGUACGUGAUAAGGGAUAGUGAAGUAAAUGGUAAAAUCUUGAGGAGACAUCGUAACGCACAGUGGACUUUCAGGGCUCAAAAAAAGCUUGAAUUCCAGCUUGUCCUUUUUGGACAAGCGGACAAGCAGCUCACAAUUCGCUUGCUCAGAGCCUUUCUUCCUUGCCUCAGCUUACGAUUUUGUUACCAGACUAGUAAUAGCCAAAGGUUAAAGAGUGCGGGCGACAACGAUCGAAGGUCAAAACGCUUUUGCUCCAGCGCUGUGCUUUGCGUACGUUUCACGUGACAGGUGGUCAGAACACGCGUGAUCAGAUUACGAGUGAUAGAGGAUCCAAACGCGCGUGGUCAAAGUGCGUUCUGUGCAUUCCGUACAUUCUUAGUGGAAGUCCAAACUAAUGCUGGCUACAUACAUGCGACGCAUGCGUAGGAACAACCUGGAGAUUAGGAUUGCGGGCUACAAGAGGAGCCCGCAAUAACUUGUCUGGACCCUUGCCCACUAGAUAAACAGCAAACACCAUAUUUUAGCCAUUCUCUACUUUUCUUCUCUGCCGUUCUGUUGAACGUAAAGGCAGUGUGUUCUUAGCAGAUUGGAUAAACGAGUCUCGGUGGACAAAAUUAUCGAUGGCAGAUUACGGAAUGCCGGGAUAGCCUCUCUCUUUCUCUCCUCCUUGGUUAUUAGGCAGAUUUAGCAAAGAUAACGCGACGGCAGUGACGACUUCGCGCGCAGAUCAAAACGACAUCUUGACCAAUGGCAAAGCGGCAAAUUGGGUACCAUAAGUCGCGUUUAGUCAUAAGUUCCGCGCGCUUUCCCGUCGUCAGCUGAAGGUCCCGUCCUAUUGAUAAAUCACUUCAGUGCCGAUAUUCAAGAACGGAAGGCCAAAGAAAACCAGUGAUACUGUCGUUGAAAUCAGGAAAGGCGAGUCGUCAUAAGUGCAAAACAUUCUGGGUUGGUUAAACGUUACAACCGUUAAAUCGUGGCGGAGAUAAAGUUUAGCUCAAGGGCAACUUGAACGGUUUUUGUCUUAUCUAUUUCUGGGACCCUGCAAUCGCUUGCAUAUUGAAGUACAAUUUUAAAACUGUAAGUGGAAUUCUGUUUGUGUUUUCCCUUCACAGACCGAUGGCAUGGAUGAAGUUGCUUUUCAGACCUUGGACAGAGGAUGUGUCACAGAAAAGGAACCAACACACCUCCCCCUGGGAUGUUCCAUGAGAAAUUUGGUCAAGGUACAGUAGAACUCCGCUUUUAUAUUUGAGGACACUUGGUGCCUCCAAACAAAAAUAUAUUAUGGAUCAGAAAAUGAUUCGAGUCCCGUAGGGGUUUGCUCAGUGGGUAGGGCUGAAUUACUCAAACCAAACUUCGUAAAUCUUGGUUCUGUGGACAGUUCUCACCAUGUAAAUUCACUGAUGUAGAUUUCAAUUUUCUUCUUAUUUCUUUGUAGAUCUACAAAGAUGGCAACAAACUCGCCGUAGACGGAUUGAGUCUCAACCUAUACCAAGGCCAGAUUACUUCGUUUUUGGGUCACAAUGGCGCUGGUAAAACCACUACGAUGUCGGUGUUAACCGGCUUGUUUCCGCCGACCUCUGGUACUGCCAUUAUCAAUGGCUACGACAUCCGAACGGAUAUCGAUUUGGUCCGAAAGAGCCUCGGCAUCUGCCCUCAAUACAACGUUCUGUUUGAUCGUCUGACUGUUGAAGAGCACCUGCGGUUUUAUGCUUCGCUGAAGGGGAUGCACAAGUCUGAGAUCCCGGAAGAAAUUGAGAAGUAGGUUUUGUUUCUUAUAGUUAGCAACAAACUUUAUUUGCCUUGUAGAAUAGAACCUUGAUUAUAAUUCUUAGUUCGUAAAUGAUCCGUGAUUUGUCGAUUUAAAGGGGAAAACAGGAGCCAUUGAAGUUGUCUACUCGCAGUUAAGGCCAGUUCGCCUGCAAGUCGAUUCACCCGAAGACGUUUCGCACUUUUUUCAUGCUUAUUCCUUUUUUCGGGUUCAAAGAACGACGAAUACACAUCGGCGAAUCGACUUGAGUCCGAGCGGACUGCCGUCGGCGAAGCGACCUCUCUUGUAAUGGAUUAAUUCGAACAAAACAGAGUUAUGCAUUUAAAACGAUUAUUUCUUUGUUUUGCUUUUCUCUAAGGUUCCUGAAAGACGUUGGUUUAGAGAACAAGCGUCACGAAUUAGCCUCAUGCCUUUCUGGAGGAAUGAAGCGAAAGCUCUCAGUAGCGCUGGCGUUCAUAGCAGGCUCCAAAGUAGUUAUUCUAGAUGAGCCCACGGCUGGCGUGGACCCUUACGCACGGAGGGGAAUCUGGGACUUGCUUCUUCACUACAAAACAGGUACGGUCCUAGAACACCAUAUUUUGCAAGGCAACGUCUUCGUUAAGUUAUUUUACUGCUGUCUCGUAGAGUUUAGGCCAUGGCAGAGACCAUAGUUUAAGGACCUACGACACGCAAUUUGCCAUCUGUUUAAAAAAGAUAAAACUUUUUUCCCAUCAAUAGAAUUCCAAAAAUAAUGGUCGAGUUUUGUUAUUUAAGACUAUAUUUAGGCACUGAAACUGUUUCCUGUCGUCUGUUGCAACGGAUGGAGAGGAAGGACUUGGAUUAAAACUUCUUUUUCAAGUUUUCCUGCCAUGUCUGCAAAAAUCAUCAAGAAAGUAGAGACCUUUAGAUUCAAGGACGAGAACAACUACGAGUACUAGAUUUGAGUUAAAGUUUUAUCGCGUAUUGUCAAAAAUUGACACCAGAAAAGAUAGCACUGUUAUCGUUAUUGAAGGAAGUUGAGCCCUCUUCCGAUUACAAAAUGCUAAAACUUCUAACAUUUGAUAACUUGUUUCCGCCACAACGACACUCUCGCUAAAAUUCGUAGCAGAGUGACGGCGGCUACCACAUUUUCCCGCCAAAAUGACGCUGGCUCACGCGCGAGCACUACUUACUAUUGAGAAAAUCUCGUACUCGUAGUCGUACUCGUCUUAGAAUCUAAAGCUCUCUAGUAUAAUGGUUAGUGUUCCUUGGUGAAAUUUGUUUAUAUCUACUUCAUAACUCUACAGAGGCAUCCUGUGUAUGAGUAAAGGCACCAAGUAAUGACUUCAGCGAAGCCAUAUCCUCUUAACCUGGGAAACUGCCCACCUACCCCUCCCCUAAGCAAGCAUUAACACUAACUUCUCACUUUGGGCAAAAUUUUGGCUUAGAGGAGGAGUAGGUGGGAAGUUUCUCAGAAACUUUAAAAGUUUCCCAGCACCUACCCCUCCCCUAAGCCAACAUUAAAAUUUACUUCUCACUUUGGGCAAAAUGUUAGCGUAGGGGAGGAGUAGGUGGGCAGUUUCCCAGAAACUGAAAAAGGUUUCCCAGCACGUACCCCUCCCCUAAGCCAACAUUAAAACUUACUUCUCACUUUGGGCAAAAUGUUGGCUUAGGUGGGCAGUUUCGCAGAACUGCAUAAUGAUCACAAAAUUUACAUUAUUUAUGUCGAUGCAAGUAAGCUGUACAGGUGACAGAAGCGUGAUAGUUUUUAAGGAAGGUCUCCUCUAAAUGGUUUAUUUUAGGUCGCACAGUGCUUCUCUCCACACAUCACAUGGAUGAAGCGGAUAUUCUAGGAGACAGAAUCGCUAUUAUCUCACAAGGAAAGCUCCAAUGCUGCGGCUCAUCACUGUUCCUCAAGGGCCAUUAUGGUAAUGGUUACUACGUGACGCUCACAAAGAAGGACCCUGAGGAGAGACCCAGCACUGCGCGUACCCUGAAGGACGUCAAUUUAGGGCCAGUGAUUCCGCCUGCUCCGUCAAUGGGAAGCUCUCUUGACGAAGGUAUACAGAAGCCAAUAAAUAUUCAUACUUCUUUUAUACAACAUCAUAAAAAGCUCUUUUAGCUGAGUAGAGUCUGUUAGCGGCUUAUAACCGCACUGUAAACAUUUCAUGAACUUAAUCAACAAAAAGUAAUUUUCAGCAGUAAUUUUAGCUUAACGAUACAUCAGCUGCUGCUAUUGUUAAUCGUUUGCAAAUCGUCGCUUCUUUUUAUUGCGGAGCAAUUGGUUUUAACAAGAAACAGGUCAAAGUUAUUUCAUUUCAGUCCAUUAACGAUUAGCUUUUGAUGCUCAGUGGAACUUUGCAAAAGCGAGCUACCACCGGAACCGGAAAUGAGAAGCGAGCUACCACCAGAGCAAAAACAAAAGCAAAAGCAAAAGUGACCUACCACCGGAACCGGAAAUGAGAGGCGAAGUAGUGAGAAAGUGUACCCUAUCUUGUACACUCGGCUAGCCCAUCAGACACACCUUUAUCCUACCCUCUGCGGAGCGUUAAAAAAACCCUUUAUAAAAUAAUUGAGUUUGACUUAACUUUAUAGGUGUGGGCCUGGACUCACUCGACGCCUCAGAACAAGGGAGCCUCAACUCUGUGCCCAUGACCUCGUGCUCAGACCCCGCUCUGCCGGAAACAGACGUUUACUGCAAUGAGCCAGCGGUUACAUCUUUUAUUAAGUCUUACCUCCCAACAGCUCAACUGGUGGAGAAUAUUGGAUCUGAGUUAACUUAUGUGCUUCCAACGGAAAUGGCCAGGGAAGGGCGUUUUCAAGACUUGUUUGAGGAGCUCGAUAAGAACCUGGACAAGCUGCACUUAGGAAGCUACGGUGUGUCAGACACUACACUGGAGGAGGUAUGUACUAGAUAGAAGGGCAUUUAAGAUCCGAGGACUGUGACGGAGGCGACAGCGUCGCUUGAAAAGUGAAUUCGCGUACUUCCAAUCUUCAUCGCGAUUAUUCCAACUCACUAACUUUGUCAAAUGUAGGCGCUACUCUCCCAAAAUUCAAUUCCUCCGAAAAAAAGAUAUCUUAAAAGAGAAAGAAAAUUUCGUCGUGGCCAGUUUACGCUCUCAUGUCGUAGUCGUUUUGUGACGGCAAAGGAAGGUAGAAAAAAAGUGUGAUCACUUGCAGAGUUGUUGUUUUGCUUAUUAUGAUUCGGUCCGUAAGAUCGACGGAAAGGGUGUAUUUUUCUAUCUUGCUCUAUUUUGGGUCACAGUAGUCUGGGUUGUCCAGUUAUCAGAUGCAGUAUUCCUGAAGUGGCUUAGCAAAUGGAGUCGACGCUAACAUACUCUUUUAAUAGUUCAAACUGUUCUUGAAACCCGUUCUGUGUUUUUGUUUUAUUUCAAGGUGUUCUUGAAAGUUGCCGAAGAGGCCGAUGCAGAAGAAGAAGGUACUGAAUAUUUCUGUCCUAUUGUUGUUCAUCUUUUACUACUAACAGGUUAAGGUGUGUUGUCUUAAGGGGGAAUAAAAUUGUAUGUGUGACUGCUUUUCCCCCAGAUAAAUUUAGCGUAGACCUGACAAAGACAUGCAGGAUGCGGGAUGCGGGAUGCGGGAUUCUCGUGAAAAUGAAGUGGGAAUGCGAGACUAGGACCUUCCCUCCCCAGGCCCCACGGAAACCAUAAAAAUAUUUUUAAAAAAGAGUCGACCAUGACAGCUGCCUAGUUCCCGACACCCACGAUGAAGUAGCCAAUCAGCAAAGAUGAAACUUCCCGCGUAAAAUGCGCACUGUCCGUUGCCCUGGGUACCGCGGGAAAUAAGCUGGAAUGUAGCUGCUUUUAUCUUGUGAGUAAAAUAUAACGAUAAGUUUACCGUGGGAGAAAAUCGCAGAAAACCGUGAGGUCUGCAAGUUGAGAAACAGUCUUAACUGUACAGCGCCCAUCGCAUACCAUCCUGCCUACGCAUCACACCAAAAUAACGCUGACAAUAUUUGUUUUGGACGCGUUUUUUAUUUUGUUUGUCUUUUGUUUUUCCACAUUUUUUAUUGUUUUGCACAUGCCUUGAUUCACGUCUUGUUGACUUACCAGACAUGCUAGCACAAGAGAUGCCCAAACGCCGCGCCAGUUUCCGGCGGCAGAUAAGUCGCAGUUCUCACAGUUCAAGAAUAAGUGACAAUUACGGCGACAGAGACCAGCUUUUGGCCGAUACGAGCCAAGAGAUGCCAGGUUAGAUAUCACAAUGAAGUAAAGGGCUUAUACUGACUUAACGUUUUCCACUGACAGCAGUAAAGCUAAUCAUAUUCACCCAAUAAAAAUUCGUGUAAGAAAGUACCCAAUGGGAGCCACCUUGCGUAAAAAAGGAACCAUGCGCGUGCGCCGGGAAAGGAUACAAUCCUUUACUUAGCGCGGGAAAAAAAAAAACAGGAAACCUUUACGAAGCGCGGGAAAUCCAGUAACCGUGUCAAGCGCGGGAAACAUGCACCUAAUGCUAACUGCAGCAAAACUGGAAGCAAGUGUAACGAACAGGAAAACACGCAGUUCUGGAAAGGGAGGUAAUCGCGCGAAGAAUCACGGGAAAACGUAACACAAAAAGCAGAAACUUUGACGUCACUUCCGCCGUAAUGAGAGCUUGGCAGUGCUUAAGAAGUAAUUGACGUGGAAUAUGCAAGGACGAGAUCGAAGGGAUGCGGUGAUUCCCGUUCUCAAUUUUCAACAGACUUUAACUGUAAAUCUGCGACCAUGGCAGGAAGAACAAAACUUCCAUUCCAUGUAUUCUCUUGGCUAGGUAUGGAACACAACAAUAUCGCCUUGCAGCUAAUUUUUGUAUUGUUUUGUUUCUUCUCUUUCAUGUGAAGAACUGGAAGAUAUGCCCCAAGUAUUUGAAAGCACUGACGGAGUUUAUGAUAAAGAGCGAAAAUUGGGAGGAUUGAAACUCAUCACUGGACAAUUCUGGGCGCUUUUAGUGAAGCGAUUUCACCAUGCAAGACGUAACCGAAAGGGAUAUAUUUCUCAGGUACAAAAAAAAUCGAAAAAGCAAACAAAUAAACAAAAUAAUGUCCGUAAUUUUCACAUUUCUGAAUGUCCUUGGAAUCUUCGGAAGCCUCCGUAAAUCCUCGGGUGUUUGUGGUUAUGUUCGGUUAUCCCGUAAAUUUCUAGCUCUCCGAAAAGGAACACUUCCUUCCUCCGUUACAGUAAGCAGUACUGGCGAAGUUUGAAAGCUUUCUACGUAGGAUACGGAGCGUUUUCACUCACAUGGCUAGUAUCAAUGCAAAUUUAUUGGAACAAAAGAAAACUGUUACGUAAGAAAAGAAUUCAACUCCUACAGGAUUGGUUUGGAACACCUAUAUGGCCGCCGUGAUUUCAUGUGAAAACGCUCUAUUUUGGUGAAAUUGCAGCAAAUUAUGUAUUUUUAUUAUUUCAUAGAUCCUGUUGCCCGCCAUUUUUGUUUGCCUGGCCAUGAUCGUGUCUCAGAUAAGACCAUUCAGUGAAAUGCCUCCACUUGAACUCAGCACUAACAUGUUCCUGGAAGCUGCCCCUUACGAGCAUUACCUGGCCUUCGCAGUUGAUGAUCCACGAUCUGUCAUGAGCCAAGAUAUGACCGAAAGGUUGAUCAAGUACCCUGGAGUCGGUACGUGAACCUCGCUCUCAGAUCUUCUUACAAUUGUAAGAGGAGCGUUUCUCUCUCGAACGUCGUGUAUGAACGCGACCAAAACAACAGACCCCCUGGAAAGGCGAAACCAGUUUGACAAUAAUCCCAAAAACGGUUAAAGUCAAAUUUUAACAGAAUUUCCAACGAAGAUUUGAGAAGCGCCAAAAGCAAAUAGUACCGUAUAAAAAUACUGCUAAAGAAUGGUCACACCAUUGCAUAUUGUUCACAAACUGAAGGCGUUAUAAGUGAAUAAAUAGUACCAUGCGAAAGUACUACAGAAGAAGUCUCGUUUGAAUAUUUACACCAUAAAAAUUCGUCCAAGACUCAAAACUCGCCCUGGGUGUAAUGGUUAACGAAGAAUGAGUGAGAAGUGAGGUAUUGUAGAUUUAAACCAUCCAUAUUCUAUUAAACAUUAUUUACAUUUUAACUGCAUAAAAAGAUAAAAAUCGCGACUUAUUCAUACCAUAGGAACCUAUUGCUUGGAAAACUCUUGUAAAAGGAAGCCAGUCAAGUUCACCAGUAUCCCUAAAGAACCAGUAAAAUCAGUACAAUGCGAUUGUGAAUCAACCGGAACCGCCAAGUGUUCUGCGGGCGCAGGAGGAGCCAGGCCUUCACAGUGGGACUCGUUCACGGAUGAUAAGUUACAGAAUCUUACUGGCCGUAAUAUGACGGACUAUCUUCUAAAUUCUUAUAUGAACUUCAUUCGAAAGAGGUAAGUUUAUUACAGGCUGUUUGACGGGGAUAGAAAUGGGAAAGCCAACAAAUCUCUUUCCUGCCCUCCAGAAUCUUCACUCCUGGAGAUAUACGCGAGAUAUACUUACUUGUGGUUAAAAUGCAAUUUAAAAACUGCGUUGCUUAGUGGAGGUGGGUGCCCGGGAUGUCUAGGGCUUCCACUUUUGGCAAAGCCAGCCCUUAGACAGAGAUACGCCCCCAUGGCUGGAAAACCCGUGUAUUCCAGCCGUGAGCUGCCACCCCAAUGGGACCAGGCACCUGACACACUGAUUUAUCAUUGGAAAAAGUAAAGAAGUGAACUUGGGACGGGGGAAGAGAAUGAUCCAAACAAAGAGAGAACAAUCCAUUUGGGCUUUUAGAAGAACACUUUUAAAGGUUGUACAUGUAUUGUAAAUCCUCUGCCUUGCAGAUAUUUGCGUGUCAAUGCAAGAAUCAUUGUUAUAAGCAAAGCUGUAUCCUCAUGAGCUAUAUUAAGGCCUGCUGUUGUGUGAAAUUUAGCGGUUAUUUUUUUUUAUUAUUUAAUACUCGUUCUUUUUCCCCUAGGUACGGAAGUCUGACGUUUGGAGACAACUUCCAGAACCUUCCUACUUCCUUCACGCAGUCAAACUCAUCUUCCAUCCAGGGAAUCCUCAAACAGUACAAUGCUAAAGUAAGGGCUUAUAUGGGCAUUUAUUACUUCCCCAUUGGCAACUUGUAUUGAGAUUUUAAGAGUUUUUGGUGGAGUUUGUUAGAUUUUGUUGGAAUCGCCUCGUAGAACAAACCAACCUCACACACAUACACACACGUGAAAUGUCCUCAUUGUGGCGUUAGGAGUUUGCCAUAGUUAUUCAAAAGAAUAACCCUGAGAACAGCAACUCAGCGAUUACUUUCAAUUAAAAAAAUUGCAUGUUUUAUUACUGACGUGUUUUCACAUGACGUCACUUCCGUCAUAUUGGUGUCCCAAAACAAUGAAACGACGGCCAUGUUGGUGUCACAAACCAAUCCUGUAUGGUUGGAAUCAUUUCCUUUUGUAAAAACGUCCUUUUUUCCAUGAUACAUUUGCAUGGGUGCUGACCACGUGAGUGAAAAGGCUCGAAUACUACUUUUACCAAAAGUGCAAUGAGAAAGCAGAGCUUAGUAUCCUUUAUUCCAAUACCCUUAUACACACUCAAGCUAGUGAAGCUUGUAAUUUGUAGUAACUUCUUGUGUUAUUUUUACAGGCCUGGUACAACACCAAGGGCUAUCAUGCUGCUCCGACAUUUCUAAAUGUACUCAACAAUAUAAUUCUGAGAAGCAAAGCGGCUGAGAAGGGAUUAAAUGCGUCCAGAUUUGGUAAGAUACGCAGUGGUAUUUCAUUUUACGUCACGGAUUUUCACUGUCGCGUUAUCUUAUUCCUCUUUCUUUUAGGUCCACUUGUUAUCGGUUCAUGUCACGAGUUUUCACUGUUGCGUUACAUUAUUCCUCUUACUACCCCCAGUUGUUCACAAGGUGGAUAACGCUAUCCGAAAUUGGUUUCCCUAAUGCUUAUACAGUGGAACCCCGUUAAUGCGACCAUCAUUGGGCCAUAAAAUGCUGCUCGUAAUAACGAGGUGGUCGUAUUAACGGGUCUUCAAAGUAACAAAAUGACUCAGUGAUGUUUUCGUUUGGGUCGAAAGAAUAGGGAGCUUAAGCAACAGCGUUUUUGAGCGACGGACGUCAACCGGAAGUGGACUUUUUGCAUCAUUGGGGAGCGGUUUGGUUGAAACUCUCUGGUAAAUCGUCUUUAAAAGAGAACAGAAACUCAGCAAUACAAGUUUGUUAGCGUCAAGGCAUAUAAGAAGGGAGAAGGCCUCACUUCCGGUUGACGUGCGUCGCUCAAAAACGUCUUUGCUUAAGGUCCCUAAUAUGGUGUUAACAACGAGGUGGCAAGGUUCCUCUGUACUUAUCCGCUGGAUAGUGAUUUAUCCGGUGGAUAACGCCAUCCAACGUUUGAACAACCGGGGCGUGUUGUCGGUUCAUGUCACGAUUUGUCACUGUUGCAUUACAUAAUUCUUCUUUCUGUUAGGCCCAGGUGUUGUAGGUUCAUGUAAGUUGACGUCUUGAAGGCACUUGAUUUCUAUCGAUGGCUAAAGCGUUGUUGUUGUUGUUUCCUUUUUUUAAUUCCUUACACACAAACAGUUACAAUUCAUUGAAAUUAAGUCUAAUUAUCGAUUACUAAAUUUAUCUUACAUUAAAUCAGAUAACUAUUUUAACUUUUUUUUCUUUCCUUUUUCCUUACAGGUAUAAGCACAAUGAACCACCCAAUGAACUAUACAAAAGAACAACUUAGUGAUGAAACCUUGUAAGUCUAAUAUUUAUUCUGUUCUAUACACAGGUGUUGGAAACUACAAACACUAUUUUAAAAUGAGGUUGUUAAUUUAGUGGUGGCGAUGGUGAUGAUAAUGAUGAUGACUACAGUUUAUUGAUUUCAAUGAUGGUGUCAAAAAUGAUGAUGACGACUAUAUGAAGUACAUAUUGAUUUCAAUGAUAGUCUCAAAAAUGGUGACGGUGAUGAUGACGUUUAUAUAAGCUACAUAUUGAUUUCAAUGAUAGUAUCAAAAAUCGUGAUGGUUUUAAUGAUGAUGAUGAUGAUGAUGAUGGCGAUGAUGAUGUCGGCAGUAAUGAUGAUAAGAUGAUGAUGACGCGACGAUCGAAUGAUGGUGACAAUGAGAAUUAAAAAAUAUGGUAUUUGUAGCUCGGCUUAAUCAAUUUGUCUUCUGCCGAUUUUCUACCCGAUUUGAAUUUUUAUGACCAGAUUUACUUGUUUUAUGUUAAAAAAUGGAUUUUCCUAGAUACUGUGCUUAAUGACUAUAAUCAUGUCCGAGAUAGUAAUGUUUGAUAACAUCAACACAACGUGCUUUAACGCAAAAACUUACCGAUGUGCUUUUCAUUUUCAGCUACAACCGUGUAAUAGACGUACUUGUGGCGAUCUGCGUGGUGUUUGCCUUAUCCUUUGUUCCUGCCAGUUUUGUCGUCUACUUGGUCUGCGAGCGGGAAUGCAAAGCUAAGCACCUGCACUUGGUCAGCGGUGUUCGUCCUUAUAUUUACUGGCUGUCUACAUACGUCUGGGACUUGGUAAGUCACAAGACUGUAAAACUUUCAACUGGUAAAAGGCUUAUAUUUGCAUUUCCUGCCCUAGAAAAGGUGGAUAAAGUACGGCUUAUGCCUUUUUGUGGCCUCAACAAUUUUCUUUCUUUCAGGGAAACUAUGUUAUUCCAGCACUUUGCUGUAUUUUAAUAUUCUUGGCGUUUGGAGAAGAUUCCUACACGUCAGCUGCGAAUUUUCCACCAACGUUCCUUCUUCUUUUUUUGUAUGGGUAAGUUGAGCAAGAUCUUUCUAACUACAAAUAUAAGAUUCAAUUAACAUGGAACAAAUUAAUCGUGUGCAGUUUGCGUAUCGUAUUGUUUAAGUCAGUCAUGGGUUUGAUUUUCUCGAAGCAAUUGGUGCCGCAGGCUUAUUUUGUUCACCGAAAAAGUUUCUCGUCCACAGCAGCAUUUUCGUAUCAUUUGUUCACACUCAAAUGAGCGUCCCUCCCAAAUAAGCCCCCCCGGCAAUCGUACUUGAAAUUAAUAAUCACCCGGGUGGGGCGGCGUAAUAGAGGAUUUACGGUACUGCCGACAAUUAUGUUUGUUAACAAUACUUAGUCCAAGAUGGUAGUCUAGGCCUAAUCUUCGCGAAAGAAGGAAGGAGGUAGCUUUUUGUAACUAAAAAGGAUUGAACUCUUAAAAUAGAUUUGCAAUCACAAAUUCGUGUUAAAAUUUUUUUUCAGAUGGGCAAUCACUCCGUUAAUGUAUCCAGCAUCAUUUUUGUUUACCGAGUCAAGCACGGCCUAUAUUGUGCUCAUUUGUGUUAACUUAUUCAUUGGAAUCAACACCACGCUUGCGACAUUCAUCCUGGAAUUCUUCACCGACGAUCAGGUAAGAAACUCGGAAUCAUUACAGUAGAAACCCACGAGUAAGAACCUACAUUGUUCCAGCGUUUCUUACAUAAAUGGUGGUUAACAUAAAUUUAGGCUAUCUAGGUUCUUAAUAGGUUCUUAAUUUCUUGCAAAAAAAUAUGUCGUUGCUAAGACGAUUUUAGUGAUCAGCAGCCUUAAAUUUCUAAUGAUUGCUUGUAUUUUGAUAUGACCAUAAUAGAGAUCUAUUCUCAUAUGAAUUUUAAUUUCUCAAGUCAAAACAACUUUAUAUACAUGAUUGUGCUGUAAAACACAAUAUUCUAAACAUUUUCUCAAUGACCUAAGUAAAUAUUUUUAAAUGAUUUUUGAAAAUAAGAAUCUUUCUCCAACUUUUAGGCUAAAGAGGUUCUUAUAUAGAGGGGGUCUUAAUGGCAAAUUUUAGCCUAAAAGGUUCUUAAAUCUUAGGUUCUUACUCGUGGGUUUUUACUGUAUACAUUUCUAGUUCUCACUUUGAGCAAAAUGUUGGCUUAGGGAAGGGGUAGGUGGGCAGUUUCCCAGAGACGUAUAAUGAUCGGAAACUGGUCUCCUAAUCUUGAGGGUAGCAGUAAGCGAUGACCUAACCUGUAGUCUAUCAUGUUAAAGCUACUGAGCAGUACUUUCCUGUGGUACUGUUUAUUGUGCUGUACUAGGAGGUUCGAACUUUUGAGUCUGGAUAAAAUUCUAAAGUGUGAGCUCUGUGGUACUGUUUAUUAUGCUUUACAAAGUAGUUCUAACUGUUGAGUCGUUGGAAGAAUUCCUUAAGUGUGACCAUUCAAAUGAAAGCUACUGAGCAGUACGUUCCUGUGGUACUGAUUAUUAUGUUGUACUAGGAGGUUCGAACUUUUGAGUCUGUCGAACCGGGACCUUUCGUAUCCCACCCUCUGGAUGAAAUCCUCAAGUGUGAGCUCUGUGGUACUGUUUAUUAUGCUUUACAAAGUAGUUCUAACUGUUGAGUCGCUGGAAGAAUUCCUAAAGUAUGACCAUUCAAAUGAAAGCUACUGAGCAGUACUUUUCUGUGGUUCUGUUUAUUAUACUGUACAAGGCGUGAGGUCGUUUUAACUGUGGAAUCUUUGGAAGAAAUCCUGAAGAGUUACCAUUUAAAUGAAAGCUACUGAGAUUACUUUCUUGUUGUGCUGUGUAUUAUGCUUUACAAAGCAGUUCUAAAUGUUGAAUCUGUUGAUGAAAUCCUAAAGUAUGACCAUUCAAAUGAAAGCUACUGAGCAAUACUUUCCCGUGAUACUGAUCAAUACGCUGCACAAGGUGGUUCUCACUGGUGUUGUUAUUUAUUUUUUUUCUUUCUAAAAGGAACUGAUUCAAAUCAACGACAUGCUAAAGACAAUCUUCUUGAUUUUUCCCAACUACUGUUUGGGUCGUGGACUGAUCGAUUUGGCCAAGAAUCAGUUCAUGGAUGUCUUUGAGAGGUUUGGUAAGUUUCCAAACUUUUCCAUGAGUUUAAGCAUCAACUGCCUCUCUGUCGCCAUUAACUGUUUACAGUUCCUCAUUUAUUUUUUCUUUCAAUUGUUCGUUUACGUCUUUCAUUUUAGGCGUUAAUCUUGUUCGAGAUCCUUUCAGUUGGGAUAUUACAGGAAGAAAUAUUUUCAUGAUGAUCAUUCAAGGAUUUUUGUUUUUCGUCAUCACUGUCCUCAUCGAGUAUCGUUUCUUUAUUCCUCAAAGGUUGGUGUAUUUUUAAUGCCUUGUUUGAGAAUCAUUUUCGUAAAUUAGAGGAACAGCUUACUUGCAUAGUACUCUUAAAAUACCUUUUGCCAGUUCUUGUAUGGCUCGAUUUAUGUCAAGUUGUGGUGUACUAGUUUGCUAAAACUAAAAGCGGAAUUCAGGCCUUGAGGAUCUUGUGUUCUGUGCAUCGAAGUCGUCAUGUGAUCUCGUUUUACUUGAAUUUGUGUAGCAAGCGUUCCCUUUCACUUCGUCGGGUAGUGCUUUUUGCGCAGGCUAAGAGAAACUUUUCGAGUUACCCCAAACCUCUUUUUUUUAACGAGGUUAAGUGCGAAGUCUUCGAUAUAAAAGCGUCAUCUUGUGAAAAGUUUUUCCAUAUCAUUUGCUUGCCCUAGCGUUGAAAGCAAAGGUCUUUGGAAAUCGGAUAUAGCCUGAAUUCCUAUUUGCUGUGUUUUGUUGCAUCUUCUCCACCUUGCUUACUGGCACUUUAAAAAAUGCAUUUUAUUUGAGUGUCAAUGUAUUUAGCGCGAAAGCACUAAUUGGGGACAUUAUAUUUACGUCCCCUUCUGGAGACGGGACCGCCAUUUUAUUUGGUCAUCCGAGCCACGCGAAAGUCUAGCCAUUUGCAGAGCAAAGCCAGUAACCUUCCAUUCGCAGUUAUUUUAAGACUCUGAGUAUUGCUCCGACCCCGGGAAUCGAACUCGCGACCUUCCGCUCUGCAGUCAAGCACUUAACCGACUGAGCUAAUCUUGCCGAUUUAAAGUAAUUUUAAACGUUUCAUUCUCAUUUCGCCAGGCGCGUCAAAGUGUCACUUAAACCAGUGCAGAACGAGGAUGAUGACGUGGAACGAGAAAGACAGCGUAUUGAAAGAGGAGGAGGAACCAAUGACAUUUUGCGACUGAACAAUCUGACUAAGGUAACAUUCAAUACUUCGUCACGUUUGGAGUGUUCGUAAUGUCAAUAAAGAACUAAUUAGCCAUGUUCAAAACGAGCGGGAAACUGGUACCGAUAGACUUAAAAGAUCGCAAAAUUUCAAGGGAUCGGUUGGAGGGACGACAAAAAUAAAUGAUCCCAAGUAGCUUUGUGGUCGCGUAUCGUAACCAGUUUUUUGGGUUCAAAUCUCGGAAGCGACUCUAUUUAUAGGUUCAGUUUGUUAUUGGUUCUCGUUCGUACUGUGAAAGGUUUUUCUUCGAUGACUCCGGUUUCCCCUUCUCCUCAAAGGCCAACAAUUCCAAAUUCUACUUCGAUUACUUCCCAACUUUUUGCAACUCUUGAUCACAGCUAUUCCUCGGUUAUUGUCAAUGAAUAUAAAGCGCUUGGAAACUCUGCAUACCUUCAAUGUUCGCGAGCAACGAUUGUCUAUAUAACUGAGUCUUUAUACGUGCAUUCAUGUUUUAGGUGUACAAGUCUAGAAAAAGACGAAACGUAGCUGUCAACAGACUUUGCGUCGGAGUCCCCAAAGGCGAGGUGAGACGUUUUGAAAAACAAUAAAUCAGCCUUGUUUAGUCUUUCUAGUGUACUGAUUAAAGCUGUGCAUUUUACUAGCUUGCGAUCACACCCUCCCCAUACCUCUAUAUAGCCCUCGGAAAGGAAGGCGUUUUUUUCCGAUGAUUUUUACAAAGUUUAUCAAAAUGUGCGUUGAAAGGGAAUGGAAAAACAGACGUUUCGAGGGUGCUCUCUCCCAGUGGCUUAAAGCAACUGAAAAAAAGCACGCUCAAUGAAAUGUUCUUUCCUUUCCCUGUUCUUACCAACUGCCAGAUCACAGGUUAGCACUUUACAAUCUAUUAAACCCAGGUUAAGAGAGGGGGUAAAUUGAAACGUUCUGAACUCUUUGCUCAACUCACGUAUCAUAUCCAGUGGGUUCAAAUAACACUUUUACAUUACUUUUUAGUGGUUUUAAACGCGUGAUGUUGUUUUGUUUUUCGCUGUUUUAGUGUUUUGGCCUGUUGGGUGUGAACGGAGCUGGCAAGACCACCACUUUCAAAAUGCUUACGGGAGAUAUAUCAGUGACCGAAGGAGAGGCGUUUGUUGAUGGCCACAGGUAAACAAACUGAAAUUGUCAUAUCGCUCUCAUUUCUCAUUUCUCGAUGUACAGCCCUUUGGAAUUUCCUCACGUUUCUAAGUUCGCGUUCGCGUUUCGUCCAGUCUUAACUACUCGCUGUGCCUUGUGUCCUACGACCACUAGUUUUCCCGCCAAAAGAACGACUGCAAAAAUUCAUACUGAUGACGUAUUAUAACCCAGAUCUGGGUAGUGAUACGUCAUCAGUAUGGAAUUUCUGCGCUCGUUCUUAAGUCGUCAAUUCGCGAUGGCGUCGCGAAAUGUGGGCUGUUUUCUCAGGCUACUUGUGUCUAACACCCUUUUACGUUUAUUACGGAGCACCACUUAAUUUGUUUCGAAAUUCUCUCCUUUUAUAGCAUUUUAAGCAACAUAAACAACGCUCAUCAAUCCAUGGGCUACUGUCCUCAGUUUGACGGGCUUGAUAACCUACUGACAGCCGCUGAACACCUUCAGCUUUACGCGCGGCUCAGAGGAGUUCCCGAGCAAGAUGUGAAACAGGUUUGACUUGUUUUCUGUUGUGCAGAAAGGUGUUGUGUUAUGUUUAUUUUUCUGCCGUCACGUUGUAAACUGUAACUACAUCUACUGUGCGUGAUAGUAUCGUAGCCCCAUUGUUAAGAAAAUUUGGUAAUCUAUCCAUCUGAGAGCUUUGGUUGUAACGUUAGCGUACGCCGAAUGAAUUGAAUUUUUUGUGAUUAAGAGGUCGACUUGAAUGUGAUAAAGUGAUUAACGUUAACAAUUCAACCUGCCGGAUGACCUAAAUGUAUUGAACUUCAAAAAACGCGCGAUAAAUGGCGUUAAGCAUAGACGUCAAAUUUAAUGCCGGGCUAACAUGCGCAUGGCAAGUAUCUUGAAAAUGUUGGAUUGUGGGCCAGAAGUAAAAAUUCCCUUUGUUUUCAGGUUGUCGACAGUCUCAUUCUUCGAAUGAAUCUCAGUGAGUACAGAAACAGGUGCGCUGGGGGGUACAGUGGUGGAAACAAGAGGAAGCUGUCCACAGCCAUCGCACUGGUCGGCAAUCCACCAAUCGUUUUCCUUGUAAGUAUCAUUGAUUGUCCUAAGUUUCAAUUUAGCUAAUUUGACAACCCCUGCCAGCAGCUCUUUUCUUUCGCUUGCUCGAGAAAGACUGUAUCAAUCGAGCAAGAUCUUUUUUAAGCAUACGUGGCGUGUUAGUAGGAUAUAGUUUCAAACCCAGGCCUAAACACCGUGCGCUUGCUACAGCGCGCUUGGUUAUGACUGUCGCUUUAUCAGUAAACGGAAACUCGCGCUAAAAAGAACCAGUUUGACGAGAGGAAACAAGAUUGACUAGCCCAGAAGUUGGGGCUGCGGCGACCUCAAAGGCCGGAAGAGGUUCAAGUAGAGCCUCCAUUUUUCCUUCUCGAUCAAGAAGACAAAAAUCAUACGUUUCUGGGAAACUGCCCACAUACCCCUCCCCUAAGCCAACAUUAGCACUUACUUCUCACUUAGGGCAAAAUGUUGGCUAAGGGAGGGUUAGAUGGGCAGUUUCCCAGAAAUGUAUGAUGAUGUUGAGGAAACUACCACAAUUUUUUCCCACUUGAUGACGUUACUAAUUAAUUGAUUUGUGGUCGCAACACGCAAAUAAGUUACUCAAAUUGCGGUUGUCCUUUUUGCAGGAUGAACCCACAACUGGCAUGGACCCAAAAGCUCGCAGAUUCCUUUGGAAUAUUAUCACCGGAAUUGUUAAGGAAGGCCGCACGGUUAUUUUAACUUCGCACAGGUAAGGUCACAGAAACAGUCACUAAUUCACUAUAGUGAGAAUUAAUACACAAACCAAAAUGUAAGAACCACCCGGGAUCGCUUAUAAUCAGUGCCACAGGAAAGAACUGCCCAGUAGCUUUUAUUUGACUGGCAACACUUAAGGAUUUCAUCCACAGACUCAAGAGGUUAGAACCACCUUGUAGAACAUACUAAACAGCACCACAGGAAAGUACUGCUCAGAAGCUUUCAUUUGAAUGGUCACACUUAAGGACUUCAUCCACAGACUCAAAAGUUAGAACCACCUUGUACAGCAUCUUAAACAGCACUACAGGAACGUACUGCUCAGUAGCUUUCAUUUGAAUGGUAACACUUAGGGAUUUCUUCCACAGACUCAAAAGUUAGAAAGACCUUGUACAGCAUAACAAACAGUACCACAGGAAAGUACUGCUCAGUAGCUUUCAUUUGAAUGGUCACACUUAAGGACUUCAUCCACAGACUCGAAAGUUAGAACCACCUUGUACAGCAUAUUAAACAGCACUACAGGAAAGUACUGCUCAGUAGCUUUCAUUUGAAUGGUAACACUUAGGGAUUUCUUCCACAGACUCAAAAGUUAGAAAGACCUUGUACAGCAUAACAAACAGUACCACAGGAAAGUACUACCCAGUAGCUUUCAUUUGAAUGGUCACACUUAAGGACUUCAUCCACAGUUUCAAAAGUUAGAACCACCUUAAGCACCAUAAUAAACAGUACCACAGGAAGGUGGUGCUAAGUACCUUUCAUUGAAUGGCCACACUUUUAAACUGUGUUUUGCGGUUACCAUUUUGUUUGCAGUAUGGAGGAGUGUGAGAAUCUGUGUAGUCGUUUAGGAAUCAUGGUUAAUGGACAGUUUAAAUGUCUCGGUAGUCCACAGCAUUUGAAAAACAAGUAAGUUACUAGGACUAUAAAACGUUUUCAGAGGUUGCGGGCAACGUAGGGGGUAUGAAUGAAAUGUUGCGGCUUUUCACAGUAAUAGAACAGUGGUGCUUUUUAAGCGCAUCGUCGGUUAAUGUGCGUCAGAACAUGUGCCUGGUACCAAAUUUUGGGAUUCAAGGCAAUGAGGCAAGUUUCCAUGGCAAGCCUGCGAACAAAUUUCAGUGCGAGUAGCCCUAGCUGGUACAGUUACACUUAGCCUUAACUGGAAAAGUAACCCUCUACUACUACUACUUCCAAAAUGUCUGAUCAAGUAUAGGACUGAGUGGGUUUGGUGGGGAAAGAUACUUGAUCGCAUCAGGAGCCUAUGAGCUUGAACUGAAUUAUAAACGUAACGCCUAACACGAGGCUCAGGUGUGGUCAGCAGAAAUUGAUACUCCCCUCUCCUAGUCCACUCCCCAGAAAAACAACAAGAACUAAGCAAAGUAUAGCAGGCCGUCUCAUGUCACGAAGAAGCCUUCUAAUCGUUUUUUUGUUUUGUUUUGUUUUUUCUUUUUCUCGUCUUCCUUUGUCUAAAUUACGCUUUGUCGCAUAGAAGUGGUUCUUUUGCCUUAAGAAGUAUGACGAAUUCCUUUCGUUUUUUCUCAAGGUAUGGAGAUGGAUACACGGUUACUUUGCGAAUCGGGGGAGAAGAGCCCAAUUUGGACGCUGUGUCAGAAUUUAUCAGUAGCCUGUUCCCCGGUGCAGUGUUGAAGGUAAGAAAUUCAGCCGAUUUUUGCACUAGCAUAGCUUAAAGUAAUUUUCCUUCUCUGAAAGGUGCCACGUUGUUCGGACAAAGCGGAACUGUGGUCGGACUUUAUCACGCGUGAUGAACGGCAAUAGUUCACUUCGGAGUUUCACCAUGCCUCUGUUUCAAAGAGAGGCUAAGAGCUAAAACAUUCUCAUGCAAAUAAAACUGAGUUUCACAAGUAGGUUUUGCACUCGUUUUCAUGUGAGAGUUUUUGGAACUCUGAAUUGUCCUAUUGUGCGUGGUAGGUGGGAAUGAUUAUUGACUACUGCCAAGAGAUAUCCUUUGCAAUGUUAUUUCUUUUGUGUGAGAACUGUAACUUCAGCUAUUUGAGAUGUGAGUAUAACUGAAAUUAAUUCCAUUUCUUUAUUCUUGAUCUUUUCGUUUAUUUGUAUUUAUUACAGGACAAACAUCAUAACCAGCUUGAAUAUCAGUUCCCAUCUCAAGGACUUGUUCUUUCCAAGGUUUUUGGUCAUUUAGAAGCUAACCGAAAGAUUUUUGACAUCGAAGAUUACUCAGUUUCACAGACAACUCUUGAUCAGGUUGGUUAGAAUGUUGCUAUUUAUAACGUUUCAACAGUGGAAAAGUUUAAAAAUAUAUCGUCAGCUAAGUAGGAACGUACAGUUUUCAUUCGGAAUUCCUCUUAGUCAAAGAAAAUCCUUGCGCACUUAACUGCUACACGUUAGACUUUUCUCUCAGAUAUUCCGCACUUUCAGAUACCUAUAUUUUCUAUGGGUAUAUCACGAAUUGGUAAAGUGAGCGGUUCCCAGAUGGCUUGCUAGCUGAAUAUUGGUAGAGCGCUGCACCGGUUUAGUGCGCCCUCCCCCACCCCCUUCCCUCGCCCCCUUUUUUGUCUGAAAUUGUCUUUGUAAACGCCGCUUGUAAGCUUUUACAUCUUCGUGAGGGGACUUAGCAGUCCUUAUAUACGGAGAGGCUUAUAACGAAGUAGAGGGUGGCUUGCGUCGGAGACGUGGGGGGCUUAUAAUGGCAAGUUUACAGGUAAAUGGGCCUACAACUGGAUUGGGGAGGGGGUGGCAGGGUUCGCACAGUCUUGAAAAGUCCUUGAAUUUUAGGGGAAGUCCUUGAAAAGUCCUUGAAAAGUCCUUGAAUUCCAUUUUUCCUUGAAAAGUCCUUAAAUUUCUGUGCAAGUCCUUGAAAAGAGCUUGAAUUUUCUUCAACUUUGAAUGUACCGGUAGUAGCCUGGAAAGAAUUUUUUGAUGCUUUUUGGUUGUCCAAGACAGAAUAUAAAUCGUAGCUCAGUGAAUGUAAAGGUCAUUUACAUAAAGUGCUCCAUGUUUUAUGCAAUAAUUAACUAUCAGUUUAAGACAAGUGAACUGAAAAAUGUAGAGAAUUUGGUGAAGCAAACAGUUAAAGCCUUAAAGUCUUAUUAGAAUAUACUGGGAAUAUGCAAUUUUGUACAAUCUGUGAAAUUAUAUUCCUAGUAGGUUGUCCUUGAAAAUCUAAUGUGGUCCUUGAAAAGUCCUUGAAAAAUGGUUGCAAUUUUUUUGUAUGAACCCUGGGUGGUGGCUAUAAGUGGGGGAAGGGACGGCUUAUAAGCGACAGAUUUCGGUAACCCUCUUCCGCUAAAUUUUGUGUAUGUCUCACUGAUCAGGGUUGCCACGGUCAGGGAAACGUCAGGGAAUUUUUUAAAAGGUCAGGUUAAAUCUUUGAUAUUGUCAAAGUCAGUGAAAAGUGAGGGAAUUCUGUUUUCCGGUUUAUAGUUCAUAAGUUUUCUUCAAGAUGCAUUUUCUUUCAGAAAAGUUGAAAAGUAUGCUGCAAGGCAAGCAAAGUGAUCAAUUUGACACUUUACGCCUGAUACAUGUAGUAGUUGUGGUCAGUGGUUUUCGUUGUGAAUGCUUUCUUCCAAAUUCCUUCUUCCUCUUUCCACACAAAGCGAAAAGAAUUUGAAAAUGAAGAGAAAAAUAUCGAUGGCCUGCAAAAAAAGCUAAAGUGAAUGUAAACAUAGAUUGAUAUUCAUUAAUUAAAGGUCAUUGAUCAGGGAAAAGUCAGGGAAUUUUUAACUUUCUGAUGAGUGGCAACCCUGCUGAUUAUCUGGGUACAGUUUGGCCUGUGAACUGGAUAACAUGACUUGGUUUUUGUUUCCCUAUUUUAGGUGUUCAUAAACUUUGCUAAAAAUCAGACGGACGGGUCGGGCGAAGAUACGUCUUCACGGACACCAGUGGAACAAGAGCGUCCACGUGACCAUCAUCACGGGGGAAGUAGCUACAUGAGGAUGACCGAGUAUCUACCAGGCGAGGUCGAAGUUUAA